CGCACUGAAGAUGGGAGAACCAAAUAAACAUUUGAAUGUGGUCCUACUGGGGAAAACCAGAGCUGGGAAGAGUGCAUCAGGAAACACAAUCCUGGGACGAGAAGCUUUCAUCUCAAAGAAAGGCUCCAGAUCUGUCACUCGAGAUGUUGCUGUUGAAUCUGGGACUGUUAGUGGGUUUCCAGUCACUGUUUAUGACACACCAGGAUUAUUUAACACACACAUGAGAGAUGAAGAGAUUCAGCAGAUGAUAAAUGAAAAUGUUCUUCAGAAAUGUGAAUCAAGUCCCUGUGUGUUUCUGCUGGUCAUCAAAGCUGACAGUUUCACUGAAGAAGAGAGAAAAACUGUGGAGAAGAUUGAGGAGCUGUUAGGAGAAGAGCGCUUGAAGAAAACCUGGAUUCUCUUCACUGGAGGAGACGAACUGGAGGAAGAAAACACAACUAUAAAAGAGUUCAUCAAUGACACUGAAGCACUGAAGAGACUCGUUCAGAAAUAUGAUCAGAGAUAUCACGUGUUCAACAACAAGAAGAGACACACUGAACAAGUUAAAAUGCUGCUUAUAAAAAUACUUAAGCCAUAUUUUGACAUACAGGAAGCAGAAGUAGAAGAGACAUUGAAGCCGAAUCCACUGAUGAGUAAAAUACCAGCCAACAUUGACCCAGACGCUCCAGUCUCCAGUCCCUCAUCCAGACGGAUUGUUCUUCUGGGUAAAAGUGGAGUUGGGAAGAGUGCAUCUGGAAACACAAUACUGGGACAGAGAGAGUUUAACUCUGUGAUGAGAAUGAAUUCAGUAACCCGUGUUUGUUCAGAUGCUCACGCCACUGUUUCAGGCAGAUCUGUGUCUGUAGUUGAUACUCCUGGAUUAUUUGACACAGAGAUGAAAACUGAAGAGUUAAUGAUAGAGAUAGCGAGAAGUGUUUAUCUAUCCAGUCCUGGACCGCACGCUUUUAUCAUUGUGUUUCCUGUGAAUAUGAGAUUCACUGAUCAUGAGCAGCAGAUUCCUCAGAUUAUUGAGAUGAUGUUUGGAGAAGAAGUGUUAAAAUACUCCAUCAUUCUCUUCACUCAUGGAGAUCAGCUAGAUGGAGAGUCUGUAGAGGAGCUCAUUGAGGAGAACUGUAGAUUAAGAGAUCUAGUUGAUCAGUGUGGAGGCAGAUUUCACAUCUUCAACAAUAGAGAUAUGAAUAACAGAGAUCAAGUGAAUGAUCUACUGCAGAAGAUUGACACAAUGAUAGAGCAGAAUGGAGGAGGACACUACAGUAAUCAGAUGAUUGAAGAUGCUCAGAGAUUCAGACGAGAGGAAGAAAAGAGGAGACAGAGAGAGGAAGAGGAGAGAAAACAACAAGAGGAGAAGCAACAACAAGAGGAGAUUAAGAGAGUGAUAAAGGAGACAGAGGAGAGACUCAGAGCAGAGAUGAGAGCUGAAAAAAAGAGAUUGAGUGAGGAAGAACAGAGAAAACAAAAGGAAAAAAGAAAAGAGGAGAUUGAGAGAGUGAAAAAGAAGACAGAGGAGAGACUCAAAAAAGAGUUUAAAGCUCAGAGAGAAGAAGAUAAGAGAAAAGAAGAGGAGAGAGUGAAAAAAGAGGGCGGAUUAAUGCAGUUUUUUUAUAAGCAUCAGCGUUAUUUUUAUUUUGCAGCUGUUGCAGUCGGCAUUGUUGCUGGUGGAGUUGCUGGUGGAUUACUUGCUAAUGCUUAUUUUGGUGGAGCUGUUGCUAAAAUUGCUGUUUGUGGAGCUGGAGCUAUUAUUGGUGGAGCUGGUGGUGGUGGAGGUGCAAGUGGAACAGUUGCUGGAGCUGUUGGUGGAGCUGUUGCUGGAGCUGCUACUGUUGGAGCUGUUGGGGGAGCUGUUGCUGGAGCUUUAGGUGGAGUUGUUGGUGGAAUUGUCAGUGGAGCUGUAGGUGGAAUUGCCAGUGGUACUGCUAUUGGAACUGCUGCUGGAGCUGUAGGUGGAGUUGUCGGUGGUACUGUUGUUGGAGCUGUUGCUGGAGCUGUAGGUGGAGCUGCUGUAGGUGGAGCUGAUAGUGGAACUUUUGCUGGAGCUUAUGAUGGAGCUGUUAGAGGAGCUUGUGACGGAGCUGCUGUUGGUGUUGUUGCUGGAACUCUUGUGGGUGGAGCUGUUGUUGGAACUGUUGGUGGAGCUGUUGUUGAGAUUGUUUCUGGAGCUGCUGCUGGAGCUGUUGUUGUUGGGGCUGUUUCUGGAACUGCUGUUGGAGCUGCUGCUGGAGCUGCUGCUGUUAAAGCUUGUGCUGGAGCAAAUGCUGGAACUGUUGAUUGACUUCGCCAAACUGCUAAUUCUCCGUACACUGAAAUAAAUGUUUUGUCAGUUCUACAGAAAAUCUAUGUCAUGUGGUAACAUCUACAAUAAAUGGUUUUGAUUAAA